AUGCGUGAAAUUUCUAUAGUUCUGGUAAUUCAUCUAUCGCUGGCUUCAUCUCUGUCUCCGCCGAUUGCAACAAAUAACCUUCUCGUUGAGUGCAUUUCACUGUUCUAUUCUGCUUCUUACAAGGAAGACUGUUCAAAAAACUUGGAUUUUUUGUCGACUGAUCUUUCUGCUCAACGAAAAACGUUCACGUCGGGAAAAUCGUGCGUUUUAAAAAUAACCAAAUCAAAAUGCACUUCCUCGGAUUACCAAUACUUAUCUGCAAACUACGACAAAAUUGUGAAUGAUAUCACCACUAAACCAAAAGAUGAAUCCAAUUGCUAUCUCCCGUUCUAUAUGUACAAUAUGUUCAAAUGUGCUUCAAUGAUGGAAAGCGUCGCCGACCAAACUUCAAUGUUGUCGACAAUUAAAACAAUUAAUGAUACAAGAAUGAUUAAAGCAAUUGAUCAAUGCAAUGAUGUAAAGGUUUGCAUGGCUCCAUCUUGCUACGCGUUUGAAUCCGAACGACAAAUUGUAGCUACUGCAUGCAAAUCUAUCGAGAUGCAAAACACUGGCUUCAUGUUCUGCUUGAAGAAAAUUGGCCGUGAAAAACCCGAUUUAUCGAACUAUAAAUGUAUUGGGAAUUAUGAUUUCUCGAUGACAACGUCGGAAAUGUUCACAACAAAAAAAUGGUGCACCAAGUGGAUUAUGAGAAAAAUUUGUGGAAAUCGGGCAGUGACCAAUUUCCAAAAAUAUGCCGCAAUCACUGUGAAAGCUCUUGAACUAUCAGAUGAUUAA